AUGCUGAACGACAAACAAACAGCAUCCUCAUCUUCAAAUAACAACAUGAUGACUCAAGAUGAUGAUGAUUUGCAAGGACUUGAUAUCGGACCAAUUGCACAGUCCAUAAAUACUAGUUCUUCGCAUGGUACUCUACAUAGUUUUCAAAAUCAGCCAACGAAUUCUACUUUGGAUGCAGAAGGAGAUGUAACAAUGACAGACCAAAGUGGUGAUGAAGUUAUAAAGAGAUUUGAAGUGUAUUUAUCUCAUAAAUUGUCGGAUAAACUUUACGUUUUGCAAUACCCGAUGCGUCCUAAGGAAAAUAAUUAUAAUUUAAAUCAAUUAAAAGAAGUACGAUUCAAGCCUAAUCAUAAAAAGAUGGAAAUGGAGUUUGAAGUGAAUACAAGAAGCGAACACUUUGAUUCGGAUACUGGACAAGAAUAUUCAAGUUUUUCCUUGUCUUCAACUUCUGUACCGGUCAAAGCCAAUUAUGCUGUUGGAAUUUUGAGAGGAAACCAAUUGCAUUUAACUCCAUUAUGGAAUAUGCUUCAACUACGACCAAGUUUUCAACACAUCAACGAGGGUUAUUCGACUGGAAAGACUAAGGUUGUAAGAAAAAAGAAAACUGAUGAAGGGACCGAAGGAGAAGGUGACGAAAAAGCAGAGUCAAACACGACGUCACAAACAACAGGAACCACAAAUUUCAGACUACAAUCUGACAGAAAAGCUCUUGAAAGAUCUUAUCAGUUUAUGAAAGACCAGGAAAAUAGUGAAAAACCUGUGGCACUUGCUUUUUAUCCUCCUCAUGACUCAAGACAACAUAUAGAGAAUCUGUUUGAGCAGAGAGACGAACCUGUGAAGUUUAACGUUCCUCCAACAGCCUAUCUCAAACAACUUGUUCAAUACAGAGAGGAGGAUCAAUCAUCUAUGGCGCAAGGGUCUCUUGGUGCUAUAAAGAAAAUCAAGUUUGGAGAGCGACAAGUAUAUUAUGCCCUGUACCUUGCCAAGAUUUUGCCUUUUGCUAAAAUAAGAGAAUUAGCAACUCGUAUAAGAAGUGACGAAGAAUUAACAUCUGCUUUACAAAAGUACGGAGUUUAUGUAGAUGGAAGAUGGGUCCUAAGAUCUGAAUUCAACGAGAAAAUUAUCAAGCUCAAAGAGUUGGACAAAAAUCCAUGGACACUGCUCAAAUAUCCAAAAACAGCAGCCUUCAGGGAGUAUCUAUUAUAUCUUUUCCACACGGAGAAACGAGUGGUUCGAAGAAACUUUGUUGAAAAAACAGGAAUUGAGCCUGAGAAAGCCAAGCAACUUCUUGAAGAAAUCGCUGUUAAAGUGAAGACAGAUUCACAAGAUAUUGCCGCAUAUUGGGUGUUAAAGUACGAUGUUGAUCAUGAAUUUGAGAGUGAAUUUCGAGCAUUUGUUGCAGUCACACUUAAGGAAAUGUGGAAAAAGAGGGAGCUAGAGAUGAAGAUUAUGUUAGAGUCAAAGUUUAGGGAUCUUUCUAUUUUACUACACGAAACACCAAAACCUGGAUCAAGAUCUGGCUCAUCCACAAACAGACCUAUACAGAGCGUGGAGAGCGAGUUACGAAACUUCCUUUGUGAUAUUCUCAAGCAGUGGGGUGUGUGCAGCGAAUCCUACCUCAAGAAGAGAAAGAAUGAAUCAUCUUCAAGAUACAUCAAACAAGCCAAGGAAGAGGAUUUUCAAAACAUCCUAGAUGAAAUUUCUGUCGAGUUCAACAAUGCCAGAAUUUUAAAGCACAAACCCGAGUACACAGAACAAGAAAGCAGGCUACGAGAACUAGUGGUGAAAGCAUUUAAGGAUAAUAAGUACACCUUAACUAAACAAAUUGUGAAAGAUGUGUACAAGAAAGCGACUGGAGAAGAAAUUGUGCCAAGUAUUUUUGCAAAGGUCAUGGCUGAUCUGGCCAGUAGUGAUGCUACCAACAGAUGGCAUGCUAAAACAGGAACCGAACCCUUAAAACCUCCAGGUCAAUAA